CUUUCCCGCAGAAUAGGGUGUCGAAUCUGUCCUCUAACCUCCGAUAUAUUUAUUACAAUUUAAAGAUCGAAGAUGUAUCUUUUAUGAUAAUUGUGGAUUAAUUCAUAUAAAGAUUGUUCAAAGUGAUGUUGUGUAAGAUCAUUUGUGUUCUUGCGAUAAUUCUGUAGCGUUUUUAAAAAUUAAACAUGGCCUCGAAUCGAGGAAUUCAGAUUGGAUCCGCGUGGUUUCAACGGAAGCUCAACUUGAGGCCGCAGCACCGAGGCGUGCACCUCGUCACCGAGGAGAUCCUCAAGCAGGUGCCCGAGUUGUCGCAGUUCGCGGUCGGUCUCUGCCACAUCCAAAUAAUGCACACGUCUGCGAGCCUGGCGCUCAACGAGAGCUGGGACCCCGAUGUCAGAGACGACAUGGAAAUGAUGCUCAACAAAAUCGUUCCCGAAGGUCUGCCUUACCGCCACUCGUGCGAAGGACCUGACGAUAUGCCCGCACAUGUGAAAGCUUGCUUCCUUGGAUCCUCGCUGACAAUCCCAAUCACAGAUGGAAAAUUGAACCUCGGGACAUGGCAAGGAGUUUGGCUGUGUGAACAUCGGAAUCAUGCUGGAAGCCGAAAGGUGGUAGUGACCCUGUCUGGAUGCCCUCGCGACUCACCACUAUCGCCGGUGUCUGCAGCGUCAUGUUCCAGUUAGGAGAGGGGGGGGGUUGCGACCCCCCGCACUCAAUCCCACUCGCGACCCUCCUCCAAGAGCACCCGGAGGUAAACCCACCUGGAGGUAAACCCACCUGGAGGGAAACCCAUCCGGAGGUGACCCCACCCCAGCACACCAAAAAAUAAGCGAACAACAAAACCCUAGGCGAUAGUUCUUACUCUUAUCUUCAAACGACAAUAUGUACAUUAUUAGAUUAAUGUUUUUUGUAACGUUUGACUGUUCAACUGAUAGGAGAUGCCUCAAAGUCAAUAUGAGAUAUUAUUUAUUGAUGUCUGUAUGUCCAUUGAAAAAAAUAUUACAGAAAUUAGAAGAA